AUGGAGGGGGACCUCAAGCCUUGGGAGCUCUACAGCUUGGGCGGCGCCGAGAAACCAGAGACGCUGGACGCGAUGAAGGGCUUCUUCACUCGCUACCACGCGAUCCGUGGGAAGGCGACCAACUUCGCGUACACACACGAUGCCCUACAGCGCUCGUGGUGCUCUUUCAUCCGACGCUGGAACGCCGCGUGA